GGAUCGGAUUACCAGCCAUUAAUUUCGCAUCUGCCAAGGCUUUGGAUCUGUUGAAGAGAAAGAGAGAGAUGGAGAUGGCUCGAGCGUGGUCGAAGAUGAUGACGGUGAUGAUCUUGAUGUUGACGUCGACGAUCUCGGCGAAAGAGCAGCUGAGCACUAAGGAGUGCGAGGAUCUAGGGUUCACCGGCCUGGCUCUCUGCUCCGAUUGCCACUCGCUCUCUGAAUACGUCAAGGACCAAGAGUUGGUAUCUGACUGCUUGAAAUGUUGCGCUGAUGAUUCUGAGGAUUCCAUGAGUAAGAUUACUUAUUCAGGAGCUAUAUUGGAGGUGUGUAUGAGAAAGCUGGUUUUCUAUCCUGAGAUUGUUGGUUUCAUUGAAGAAGAGAAACAAAACUUCCCUACCCUUAAAGUUGAGUACGUUUUCAACUCACCGCCCAAGUUGAUCAUGCUCGAUGGAGAUGAUGAACGUAAGGAAACUAUAAGAAUCGACAACUGGAAACGCGAGCAUCUACUGCAGUAUAUGCGGGAGAAGGUCAAGCCUACUUCAUCAAGUUAGUGUAAUCACUCUAAUCAUUUUGUAGGCUGAGUACCUGUGUCAAAAGCACUGUGAUCUAAUAGUUAAAUAACAUAUUGUGAUCGACUUGUCUUUACUUUCUCCAUGCUAUUUGUUCCCUCGUCAUCAGUAGUCUGUAUGUUCUGAACCUUUGCAAUCCUAAGUAUUAAUGCCUUCUUCCAAUGUU